CGACGCCCUGCUGAUCAUCUGGAAAGCCAAACUUGCUUGCUCGUCCGUGAUAUCCACAACGUCCAGCACGCUCCCCUAACUUGCAGGCAGGAUGCUUGCGUGCGCACUCGGUUCUACAACAUACAGCAAAUGCGUUACUUGACACAUAUCAUCGGAGUCCUACCAAUUGCAAGCGCCGCCGCUUCCCUUCACCCCCGAGUUCGGCAGUGCUAAGAAGUUCUUUGGUACUGUUGGCUCAGGCAGCCUUAACCGCGCCAUGGCGUCUCUACUUCGUCAGAUUGUCGCAGGCCCGCGGGCUAGGCAUCCAGAAGCUGGACUGGAUCUUUGUUAUGUUACCGAUAACAUAAUCGCCACGUCGGGGCCCUCGCAAACUUACCCCCAGCGCGCCUACCGUAACCCGCUCGACCGGCUCGUCGCCUUUCUCGAUUCAAAGCACGGCGAGAACUGGGCGAUAUGGGAGUUCCGGGGCGAAGGCACCGGCUACCCAGACGAGCUCGUGUACAACCGUAUCCGCCACUACCCGUGGCCCGACCACCACCCGCCGCCGUUCCGCCUCGUGCCGCUCAUCGUGGCCAGCAUGCGCAACUGGCUUCAUGGCAACGACCUGCACGACGAGCGGCGGCCCCAUGACGACGCGGUCCACAACGGCGACGAGCAUAAGCAGGAGCAGGAGAAGAGCCGGCUCGUGGGGCAGGUCAUCAACACGCUCAAGAAGAAGCACAGCGACCGCGUCGUCGUCGUGCACUGCAAGGCCGGCAAGGGCCGCAGCGGCACCAUGGCGUGCAGCUACCUCAUCGCCGAGUGCGGCUGGUCGCCCGAGCAGGCCCUCGCGCGGUUCACGGAGCGCCGCAUGAGGCCCAAGUUUGGCGCGGGCGUCAGCAUCCCCAGCCAGCUGCGCUGGGUCGGGUACGUCGACCGGUGGUCGCACGCCGGGCAGAAGAAGUACGUCGACCGGGAGCUCGAGAUUGUCGAGAUCCACGUCUGGGGCCUGAGGAACGGCGUCAAGGUCGCUGUCGAGGGCUUCGUCGAGGACGGGCGCAAGAUCAGGCCCUUCCACACUUACAAGAAGAGCGAGCGGCAAAUCGUCGAAGGCGACCCGCCUGGCGGAGGCGGCGUCAUGGAGAUGAUGUACGAGUACGCUGGGUACUCGGGCCCGUCCGCUGCCGAGCGUGAGGAAGUGGUUGAAGAGGCCAAGGCCGACAACACGGAACCAGGCGAGACGAUAGCACCCAGGGCUGAUUCGGGGACACCAACCUCUGGGGUUUCGAAGAAGGGCAGUAUCAACAGGAAAACGGCGAAGCUGAUCCGUCGCCUCUCGGAGCCUCUGGGCUCCUCGAGUGACAAGGAAGGUGUCAAGCCAGGCGAUCAAGCAACCCCGACGACAGGCUCCGCAGACACGCCCUCGACGUCCACACCCGAGAUCAGCGCGAGCGACGAGGCCGAGCCGGGCGGGAAGGCAGUCAUCUUCAAAUCUGACCGCCCCGUGCGUGUCCCAACCAGCGACGUCAACAUCACUCUCGAGCGGCGCAGCCGUGCCCCGGCUUCCGUCGGCUUCACGAUGGUGACUGCUGUCGCGCACGUGUGGUUCAACGCCUUUUUCGAGGGCAACGGCCCCGAGCAGGAGGGCGUUCCCGACACGGAAGGCGUGUUUGAGAUCGAGUGGGACAAGAUGGACGGGAUCAAGGGCAGCUGGCAGAAAGGUGCGCGGGCGGCGGACAAGAUCGCCGUGGUUUGGCGCAGCGUGGUGCCCAAGACAAGCGGCACGGGACCGUCUCUCUCGACUGGCGACGACGACGGAUCUGUGGCGGCCGAGACCGCCGGGGAGGUCGUGGUCGAGAACCCAAAGAUCGGCGAGCCCGUGCCGCAGAUGCAGCCUGCGGACUGGAAGGGCGCCAACGACGAGGACACGAACCAGGAGCGCCAGCUCGGUCUGCGCGUCCAGAGCCCGGACAGCGCCUCAGUCAGCCAGGCCAGCAGCAUCAAGGAGUCUGCCAUUGGCGAGAUGACCCGGGCUCAGGACGAUAUCGGGGACGACACAAAAGGUGUGAGGAGUGAUGUCGCUGACUCUGAUGGCGAUGAUGCCGGUCAGGCGGCGGAGAAUGUUACUAGCAUGGGUAACACGGAACGGCAGAUGACCGAUGAGCAAAAGCUCGAGGCAUAUGCGCAAAAGUUGCCAAGCCCAGACGGCCAGGGGCAUGCGUAGAAGUGAGGUUUUGGGUGGAAGCAUGUGUAGGUAGGCAUCAGUGUUGGUGGAGAGAGGGAUCGAAAUACCCGACUAAAACAGAGCUUUUAUUUUUGUCGCUGAAUCCUUGCUCAUUCUAUGGUGCGGUGUGAUUUCUGGCGUAGGAAGUUGUCAAUAUCUAUCUUUGCCACAUUAAAAGGUCAAUGAGUUCCAACUUUAGC